GGGAAACAACAACAAAUACACUGGAAAUCACAAACAUAAAGGACGCAUAGAUUAGAAGCAACGCAGUAAAAUUGGUAACAUAUCCAAAAGAAAACGCAUUCGGCAGAAAAAAAGAGUAAAACGGUUAUUUGCAGUGCAUUUUCAACAAAAAUUUAUUGAUUUUACCAUAGAAGUGAAAAUAUAUCACUCAGUUUUGUAAGAACUUGCAUUUGGCAGUGAAAAUCCAUAUCAAGCGAGCGAAAAUGUCGGUUGAGCAGAAACGCGCAUUCAACAAAUUGAAGCAUGACUUGGAGCCAUGGCGUAAUCUCAUUGUGCAAUUAGAUUCGGUCUUAACUUGGGAGAAGAAUUACUAUCCAGCAAUCAUUGCUGCAACAAUAUCGGCUUUUUACUUAUUGUUAUGGGUAUUGGAUAUGUCUACAGUGACAACAUUAGCACUAGCGGGCCUUUUUGCAUUGGCAAUUGAUUUCAUUUACCCAUCAGUGUCUCGUUUUCUGUUUAGUCCAGAUAACUGGAAUGGUAAUCAAGAAGAACAGUUCGAGCGGGUGUGCACACAAUUGUGUAAUUUGAAAUUAAUUUUAACCGGUUGGUAUGAAUAUCUAUUCUCAGCAAAGGAACGUAAAUCUACAUUGUUCGUAACAGUUAUGGGUGUUACGCUAUUGUCACUCGCUUGGAUUGGUACCAUUAUAAAUAAUCUUCUCUUAAUGUAUUUGAUCACUAUGAUUUUGGGUAUGUAUCCGGGCAUACAGGAGAAAAGUGUGUUCUACAAAAUAAAAGACUAUUUUGGAUGUGCCGUGAACUCUAAACUACAGCAAUUGCGUGAAAAGAAUAAGAAAGCAGACUAAAAAGGUAGACUGAUGCUUGUAGCAACGGGGACAAAGCUCAGUAUAUAAGUUCUUCUUUGCAUUUUUAAAUUAUUUAUUAUUUUAGCAAUAAAUUUGUAGUCAACUUAGGUUCAUAAUAAUAUUUACUGAAUUUCUUUUACGCACAUAACAAGCGAUCAAAUUAUGAAGUUGCAUAUAAUUUUUUUUUUUAAGUUGGUAUUAAAAAAAUGAACAUUUACCAAAGCAAAUUGAAAUACUGAAAGAGAUAUUAAGAGUACAUAUAAAAUAAAAUGCGAUAUUGCGCGAAUAUAUCAAAAGAAAA